AUGGAUUAUCUGAAGAGUCUAGGCUCUGCGGCUGUAUCGUCUCUCGUCCAGAAAUCUGGUUUAACGCUGCCAUUCUCCCUUGGAACGAAGGUUGCCUCAUUUGAAGGACAGUCUAUAUGGUCCCUGUAUGAUGGUACAAAGCGGGACGAUGGCUCUUCAGUAUCAAUAUUCGAAUUUGAUGCUUCCAAUGCUAGUAAAAGGAAUCUACUACCAUUGGCAAAGAAUGCUCUCAGGAAACUGAGGACUGUGCGCCAUCCGGACGUCCUGAAGUUUAUGGAUGCGGUGGAGACGGAUAGCACGAUAUACAUCAUGACCGAGCGAGUACGGCCGCUAUCUUUGGCAAUUUCGGAAUGGGCCACCAAGAGCGUGCAAGAGAGGGAGGACUGGCUGAUAUGGGGACUGCAUAGGAUAUCGGUGGCACUCGCUUUUGUGAACGAUUCCUGCGUCUCCACCCAUGGAAACGUCCGUGUAGGGUCUGUCUUCAUAGCAGCUUCUGGAGAAUGGAGGCUGGGUGGAUUUGAGCUUUUAAGCAGUCCCAAAGAUGAGGGAGCCGUGCUAUAUACCCUGGGCAGCUUGCUCUCGGAAGCAUCAAUGUAUUCACCGCCAGAAGUGAAGAAGAGCGGUUGGUCCGUGCUUAAAGAACAUAAUGUAGCUGCGGCAGAUGCAUAUGCACUCGGCCUCCUCAUAUUCUGCGCUUUCAAUACAUCGCUUCCACUGCCUGCCACCGUCCAUCCACCUCAUCCACCGCCUACAGCUGCAUCCCGAGGAUCAAUCCCGAACACCUUGUUCUCUCCGUACAAGAGACUCUUGAACCCGAAUCCGAAAGCUCGCUUGACACCACAGCAUUUCUUGGAGUUGGGUAUGGCAGAGACCGCUGGGGACGGUUCCGGUUUUUUCGCAAAGAACCGCUUGGUGAAGGUGUGCUCCGGGCUGGAUAAUUUCAGCGUUGGGAGCGAAUCUGACAGGGCAGCCCUGAUACGAACCCUGAAAGAAUCAGCAUCAUCGUUCCCCUCUGAAUUCGUUUCGUAUCGCGUGCUUCCGUCUUUAGUUUCUGCACUCCAGUUUGGCGGGGCGUCAGCGCCAUCCAUUCUUCCUCUAGUCCUUCAGCUUGGUCAGAACGUCGCGCCUGCUGAUUAUGCGAAUGUCAUCCUCGUCCAUCUGGUGAAGCUUUACGCGAGCCAGGACCGAGGCACGCGGCUGGCGCUUCUUGACCACCUGCCAGAAUACGCUGAUAAGCUCGACAAGAAGACGGUCUCUGACAAGAUUUGGCCGAAUUUGCAAACAGGAUUCGCGGAUACCGUCGCUAUCAUUCGCGAAGCCACAGUCAAGUCGAUCAUCCUCUUGUCAGACAAAUUUAGCGAUCGCAUAUUAAACAAUGACCUCCUGCGCUUCCUCGCCAAAAUGCAAGGCGAUCCCGAAGCGUCCAUCCGCACCAAUACGUGCAUCCUUAUCGGACGCCUCGGGCCCUCUCUCGGUUACAAUACGAAGCGCAAGGUGUUGGUGCCCGCAUUCACGCGAGCGCUGAAGGACCCAUUCGUGCAUGCGCGGGUGGCGGGCUUGAUGGCGUUCAUGGCAACGAUAGACUGCUAUGAUAUGGAGGACCUGGCUACGAAAGUCAUUCCAAACAUGGCUUUUACGAUGACCGACAAGGAGAAGCUCGUGCGCGACCAAGCGUUCAAGGCCAUGGAGCUGUUCGUGAAGAAACUCCAAGAGAAUGCUGCGAGCAUGCCGGAGACGGCCAUUCCUGAAAAUGGUGAAAGUGUGCCCGGCUCCCUUCCUCCAUCGUCUCCUGGCCCGAACACCCUCGUGAACACAGCAGCAGGUGCUGCUGGCGCCCUCGCUGGAUGGGCUAUCUCGUCCAUAAGCAAGAAGCUCGCGGCGGGAGAUUUGCAGAGCACAAUAGACACCGGCACAGAGCGGCCUACAUCUGCACCCCCGCCCUCCGGACUUACUGGCUCUAAUGGCCUUGGCAGCACAGGUUCAGAGCGUCCUCCAGCUCGGAUGAGCACGACACUGUCAUCGCCGGCUGCGCCGGCGCGUCCCGCGAGCAUGGUUGCCUCAUCGAAGACGAAGGCAAUGCACUUGGGAGGACACGACACGUUGGCGAGUCAGUCAUCGUCCAGCGCGAUCCCGGACUGGGCGCAGGAAGCGGCAGCAGAGGCUGCCAUCUCGGAGAGCAAUCCAUGGGGCAACGAUGACUUGAUCGAUAUCAAUGCUGAUCAGGAUGACUGGAGUAAAUGUUUGUGA